AUGAACGUAAGAGAAUGGGAAAAGGCCUUAUUAGUUAACAAUUUGCUCCCAGAAUUUCAAGAUGUCAUAGACGGCUUUACCAACGGGUUUGACCAGGGUAUUCCGGCUCAUACACUAGGUGAGAUGAAAUGGUAUACACCUGAAAAUCAUCGAUCUUCAGAGCUUGCUAGGGAAGACAUCAAGAAAUCAAUUUCAAAAGAAAUCAACGCAAAACGGAUGUUCGGGCCAUUCUCUCAUCAACAAAUGAGUGAACAAUUCGGUUUCUUUCGUUCGAAUCCUCUAGGAGCAGUCGUGAAUGGUGAUGGAGCGAUUAGGCCAAUAAAUGACCUGUCAUAUCCUAGGAAUGACGACACGAUUAGAUCAGUCAAUUCCUUCGUCAAUAAGCAUGAUUUUGAAACGACUUGGGACGAUUUCAAGACAGUGUCAAAGUUUUUUGCAGAAGAUCAACGGAAAUUCGAGCUGGCGUUGUUUGAUUGGGAGAAAGCAUACAGACAGAUUCCUACGAAGCGUGAUCAGUGGAGAUACCUGUUGGUGCAAGAUUUCGACGGCAACCUACUAGUGGAUACUAGAAUAACAUUUGGUGGAGUUGCUGGUUGCGGUUCGUUCGGAAGACCGGCGGACGCGUGGAAGUUGAUCAUGAAGAACCAUUUCGAAUUGGCGAACAUCUUUCGUUGGGUAGACGAUAAUCUCUUUGUGAGAGAACUAGGCUCCGAGACGUCAAUGGGAGAAGUUGUGAAGAAGUCAACUGAACUAGGCGUGUUGACAAACGCUAAGAAGUACUCAGAGUUCAGUCAUUCUCAGAAAUUUAUUGGCUUUGUAUGGGACGGCAUUAGGAAAACAGUAAAACUGCCAGAAGGCAAGAUUGAACAACACUUGAAUCAAAUCUACCCUUUCCAAAUACCGAAGGCUGUGUUCGACUACGAAGAGGCCGAGGUACUCGUCGGAAGACUCAACCAUGUAUCCUACAUACUCCCACACCUGAGAUGCAAUCUAUGUUCAUUGUACAAGUGGUUAGAGUCGUGGAUCUGGAGGAAAGCGAAACGCGCAACACCGGAAGACGUGUUGGUGGACUUGAACGUCUGGGUAGAGACGCUACAGACUUUUGAACACACCAGGCUAAUCAGAUGGGGCCCCCCUUUGGACGUAGGUUGGGUAGGAGAUGCUUCGACCUCGUUUGGGAUAGGAAUAUUGGUGGGGAGACAUUGGGCUCAGUUCAAAUUAAUAGACCCUCUCCAGAAGAAGAAAAUAUCGUUGCUAGAGACGGUUGCCAUUCGGCUUGGUCUACUUAUGCUACUGAAGCUCAGGAGCCAAAAGGGAAAAUCUUUGAUCGUGUUGACCGAUAAUACAACAACGGAAAACAGUAUUAACAACAAGAAAACUAGGGACGUUGAGACGAAUAGGGAAUGGAUGGAAAUACAGGAGAUACUGUUGAGAGAAUCAGUGGAUUUAGUAGCUAGAAGGGUCCGUUCGAAAGACAACAAAGCGGAUGCCCUGUCUAGAGGAAUUCGCUCUGGCCAACCGGUCAAAUUCCAGGUGGUAAUACAGUUACCUUCAGACAUUGAAGAAUUUCUCCAUCAAGUUAUAUUUAAGAUCUGA